GGCUGGCCCCGUGCCAUGCAGAGGAGGAGCAGCGAAUCCCCGGAGCACAUUAAAAAGCGAGGCUUAGCGGCAGCCAGGGGAAGAAAACACCUCCAUAGAAGGCAGCGGAGAGCGGCGGCUGCAGCAGCGCCCGCAAAGCCGCUCGGGGGGCCGCGGCGGCGGACCCAAACUUUCCGGCGGCGGAUCGGGGGGCUGGGCGGCUCGGCCGGGCCGGCGGUGGAUGAGGCUUUUUGGGGCGCGUCGCUGAGCCGCAGCCGCCGCACGAUGCCCGGGGCCGCGCUGCCCAGCCUGCUGGCCUGGCUGGCGGUGCUGCUGCUCGGCAGGGCCCGCCCGGCCGACGCCUGCAGCUGCUCGCCCAUCCACCCGCAGCAGGCCUUCUGCAACGCCGACGUAGUGAUCCGAGCAAAGGCCGUCUCUGCAAAGGAAGUGGAUUCAGGGAACGACAUUUAUGGGAACCCCAUCAAGCGAAUCCAGUAUGAAGUGAAGCAGAUCAAGAUGUUUAAGGGCCCUGAUCAGGACAUCGAAUUCAUCUACACGGCGCCGUCCACAGCAGUGUGUGGGCAGCCUCUGGACACAGGAGGCAAGAAGGAGUACCUGAUUGCAGGCAAAUCCGAGGGCGAUGGCAAGAUGCACAUCACGCUGUGUGACCUGGUUGCCACCUGGGACUCACUGAGCCCCACCCAGAAGAAGAGCCUCAACCAGCGGUACCAGAUGGGCUGCGAGUGCAAGAUCUCACGCUGCCUCUCCAUCCCGUGCUUCGUCUCCUCCUCGGAUGAGUGCCUCUGGACAGAUUGGGCGAUGGAGAAGAUCGUGGGCGGGCGGCAGGCCAAGCACUACGCCUGCAUCAAGAGGAGCGACGGCUCAUGCGCCUGGUACCGCGGCAUGGCCCCCCCGAAGCAGGAGUUUCUCGACAUCGAGGACCCCUAAGCCAAGCGAGUGCAUUCCAGUAGCCAGUAGAAAAGCCCAGCGAGAUGUUAGACUGGUCCACGCCGACAUCGGGGCCUGGAGACAGCAUGAAAACCCACACAGCCCCCAGGGGCCGCAGGGCACGGAGCUGCCAUGUGUGCGUGGGGUGGGGGGGGGGCAGUGCGCCGCUCACACCCUGCACCACUGUGCACCCUGCACCAGGCAGGGCAGCCCCAUUCCCUGCAGGCUGAAUGCUGGUGAGCAGCAGCAGCUGUCCCUGAUUUACAGGGGCCCCACUGCCAACUGGAGCUGCCCAGCAGCAGGGCCGUGCUGUCCCCAUCCCAUCCCUUGCUGUGGGUGCGGCUUGGCACCGGCUGCUCCCACCCAAGAAGCCGUGGGGCUCUCACCCACUAUAGCCCUUAGGGGUGGGAUGGGGGUCAACCCCUGGCCCCAGGGGGGAUGGCUGCAGGACACCGACUCCACACCCCCUCUCUCUGAGCCAUUUCCCCACACACACAGCUGGCCCCAGCUCGGGGUGUUUUCAUGCUGUGCGUCCCCAUAGGGUGACGAUGUGGUGCUGGACCAGUCUGGGCAACUUUGACGUGUUAAAGGAAAAAGUGAAAGCAAAAGAAAGAAAAAACGAAACGGAAAAAAAGAAAAAAAAA